UUUUGAUUUAGCUGUCUCAACUUCACCUAAAUUGGAUUUGUAACAUGUAUAUUCUCCAUCUAAUGGAACAAUACGUUUAUAUUAAAUUUUGAGGUUGAAAUGAUAACCAAUGAAGGUGAAGCAUUGCCCCUAACAUAGAAUUAAGCAUGGGCAAUAUGAAUGGCCUGCAAUAAUCCAGGCCCCACAGGAAGACCCUGUGCUAGCUGUGAUGCAUGCCACACGUUAUCUAGGGAAUAGCUUUAUUGUAUACUGUUUAUUAGAUUACAGAAUGUGGGCAUAAAAUCAAUUUGGAUUCCAUUCAAUUGGAGGUGGGGUUUUCCAAUUUUAGGUGGCAUUGAAGGUGGAUUUUUUUAGUAUUUGACAGUGAAAUGAAAAUCAUAUGAAAGACGAAAUGUAAAGUAAAAUUGCUUAUGAAAGAGGCGGUUGUGAUUAUAUGACAUGUGAGCAAAAUCAAACUAUGACAAAAUCUCAAAGCAUUUAUCAAAUCGUUUAGAAGAAACACGAAACUUAUGGACAUUGUGCUAACAGUUGUAGGUUAAAGGGGAAAGAAUUAUGGACGGGGGAAGGUACAUGCAUGCAUGCUGUAUGGGGAAAGUGCUGAUAAUAUUGGAAUGGAAAAAUAUUUAGACCUGAGCAUUUUCCAUUAUGGAGCUAUUCAGGUUAUGUGUGGGUUGCAAUUGUAACUUCUUUGGUUCCAAAUGUCAGUGAGCAUGUGCAAGUGUUCCCUAUGUAAAAUAAUUUUGUUGUUGAUUGGUAACUUCAAAUAGGCACCCAUUAUUUAUUUUGUGCCCUACAUGCCAUUGCACAAAUUCUAAGGCUUUAGGAGUCUUGAAUAAUGAGAUCUGCUAUUGAAGUGCAGUGGUUUUCAAUUAUUUUACUUUUCAGUUUAUUAGACUUUAUAUCCGUGAUGUAAUUUUAAAUGCUGAAAUAGCAUAUGAUCAUGAUGUUUCUCAUGUGGUGCAGAUGUGUCAUACGUGGUUGUGUUCCUAAAAAGAUUUUGGUGUAUGGGGCUUCCUUUGGGCCUGAACUUGAGGAUGCCAGGAAUUAUGGGUGGGAAGUAAAUGAGAAGAUUGAUUUCAAUUGGAAGAAACUUUUGCAAAAGAAGACAGAGGAAAUAGUCCGGCUAAAUGGAAUCUACAAGCGAUUACUUUCAAAUGCAGGGGUUAAACUCUUUGAAGGAGAGGGGAAGGUAGUUGGUCCCAAUGACGUAGAAGUGACACAACUGGAUGGCACUAAAUUGUGCUAUUCAGCAAAGCACAUAUUGAUUGCAACUGGCAGUAGGGCUCAACGUCCACCUAUUCCUGGACAGGAGUUGGCUAUAACUUCUGAUGAGGCUUUGAGCUUGGAUGAGUUACCCAAGCAUGUUGUCAUACUUGGUGGAGGGUACAUUGCUGUUGAGUUUGCUUCUAUAUGGCGUGGAAUGGGUGCCACAGUGGAUCUAUGCUUCAGAAAGGAACUUCCAUUGAGGUUAUAA